AUGACGUCUAUUAAUCCAUCAUCCGUCAUCAGGGACCAUCUUUACUCCACGGAUGACAGGUUAAAGAGAGGGAGGCCCCCUCCUUUGCUUAAAGGUACCGAUGAAGACAUAAUUAUUGAUGGAGAGCCAGUGCCCGAGGUGACUCCAAUAAUUGAUCCUGCAUCCGUAUCAAGGUGUUGUAUAGAGAGAGGCCUAUUUCCAGUAGUCCCCUUGUUCUUUCAGUAUCCAUGCGGCACCAGCAAGGGUUGGUCAGAGUGGGUUGAUCGGGAGUUGAAGAAUCCAUCUACCUGUGACAUCCUAAGCCGGGCAGGGGUGCUGGAUGCCAUCUUUAUUUCUAAGGCUUGCGGCAUCCAUAUUGAAGCCCGGAUGCUUCGACACGUGGUUAGGCGAUGGAGUACUGAGACACAUACCUUUAUUUGUUCAUGGGGAGAGUUUACCCCCACGCUUGAGGAUGUAGCCACAAUUUUCCACCUUCCACUUUGA